AUGCAAUUUUAUUUCAAAAUUUAUUUUUCUUUGCUCUUCAUCUGCAACACAGUGAAUGCAAGAUGUUCUGGUGGAAAUUGCGAGAAAUUCUCAUGCGUCUCAGGUUUGUUUCAAACAUCAACGUCAUUUCCAUUUUUAUUUCUUUCUUAUGUUCAAUUUUGCGGAAAGGUGUCAAACAACAAAAAUAUUUUAUUUUUCGAUUGAAAUAAAAAUAACCAGGAACUUUUUUUGAAUCAUGUUUAGAAAAAGUGAAACUCGGGAAUAAACGAAAGAUUUUUAGAAUGAGUCGAUUCAGAACGUUUCCAAGUUCCUUGAGUUUAAAGUUUAUCAAAACAAAUGACAGCACAUCCUAUUGAAAAUUAUGAAUCAUGUUUUUUAGUUUAAGUUUUUUAAAUGGGAAAAGGCUCGGUCUAUUUCUGUGAAAAUUAAAAUAAUGUGACAAUUUUCCGGAAAAAGAAAAGAAAACAAUUCAAUUUUCUGAGAAAAAUCAGAAAAUCCGGAUAAUCGAAAUACUCCCAACACUCAUUUCCCGGAACUAAAUCUUCUCAAAAAUAUACUUUUUCUAGAUCACUAUGUUCAUCGACCACUUGACAAUAAUCUCCGAUUCGGUGGAACUUUCAACUCCCCAUGUUCUUGCAAACCAGAUUGGAAUCUUGUAUUCUGCAAUGAAACUGUAAAUUCCUAUAAAAGUAGUCACUCAAAUCUUCCAACUGUUUGCAUAUGCAGGUAACAUUAUUUUUACAGAAAAUCUUUAAUUUUAACUGCAACAAAACAAUAAUUUCAGGCAAUUCAGCGAAACUGGUACAAAAUGUACACAAGUAAUCACAAGAUGCUUUCAACAUAGGAAUAAUGAGUGAGUUUUCAUUUUUAUUUGAAAAAUAAAUAUAAUGGAAAAUUAUUCAGAUGCUCAUGCUGUUUCAAUCAGCCAAGUGAAUGGUGUCGACAAUUGAAGUGUAAAAAUCGAGAACCCGUGUUUGAGUAAGUCAAAAAACACUCACACUAUGUAAAAAUUAUCAUAUCGAUUUGAAAUUUUUGAUGGCUCUGGAUAAAUAUCAGAGCCAUCAAAAAAUUAUCGAACUUUAUAAAUUGAAUUCACCCAUAAAAACUUGAAAGCUUCAGUCUCCAAGUAAAAUUUACACUCUGUUCCAGAAAUUGUUCAGUUAAUCGUAGUUGUUUCCAGAAAUGCAAACACAACGUGUGUCUGUCAUCAACCAUCUGAUUAUCCAUUCCAAAUAUGUUCACAUAUGCCUCAAGGUUUUGAAAUUUUGAAACGCCGUAAGAUGGUAGACAUGAAUGUUCAACGAAGCGAGCUUGCAAGUCCAGAGGUAACAUUUAAUCAAAUUUGAAAAUAGUUUUGCAAAGUGUGAAUCAAGAAAUCAAGAUCAACUAUUUUUAUGAUGAAAAUUCGGAAUUUGCCAUUUCCAGCUGCUUUAUCUAGUUCAGAGAUUAGAAUUAUGUAGCUCAAUAAUCUGAAAUAUUUUUAGAUACAAACCACAAAACAUCAUUUUUUUCAGUUUAUCGAACUUCUUGGUCGCAAAGUUCCAACCACAACAAUAACUUAUCUGAUAGUGGGAUUACUUCUUGCAAUAUCCUUGUUAACAUUGCUCAUGUUAGUGAUUGGUGGAAACAAAUUGAAAAGACAAAGAAGUGAACGACAACGACAAACACGUUUAGCCCGUGAAACUUUGAUCAUGCAAAGAGCUGAUGAUGAUCGAUACUUGCCAAGUGCCUGA